GGUAGGGCGUGCUGGGGCGUGGGAGAGCGCGAGAUGGGUCCCGGGUUUAGCGUAGUGGAUCGCGGGACGCAAGUGCCUCAGAGAAGCCACAGCUGGGACUGGCAGUGGGGCGUUGAUCCUUCCCACAUGUCGCAGACCCACAUCUGUCCCACCGGGAGACAACUCUGAACUUUCGCUGACUUUGGACCCCUCCGGGAACCUGAACUUGAUGCCAUGGGAGGCUGUGCAGGCUCGCAGCAGCGCCUUUCGGAUUCUGAGGGAGAGGUGUCCGCCCCGGAACUUCGGCCCAUUCUACUGGACCGGCAGGGCGCCCAUUGGAAGAACGUGAUUGGCUUCUGGCUCCUAGGCCUUUGCAACAACUUCUCUUAUGUGGUGAUGCUCAGUGCUGCUCAUGACAUCCUUAGCCACGAGAGGACAUCUGGGAAUAAAAGCCACGUAGACCCAGACCCAGUUCCCACCCCCCACAAUAACUCAUCUCGAUUUGACUGCAACUCUGUCUCCACAGCUGCGGUGCUCCUGGCAGACAUCCUCCCCACGCUCGUCAUCAAAUUGCUGGCUCCUCUUGGCCUUCAUCUGCUGCCCUACAGCCCCCGGGUUCUCGUCAGUGGGGUUUGUGCAGCUGGAAGCUUCAUCCUGGUUGCCUUUUCCCACUCGGUGGGGAUGAGCCUGUGUGGCGUGGUCUUUGCUAGCAUCUCAUCAGGCCUAGGGGAGGUCACCUUCCUCUCACUCACCGCCUUCUACCCCAGGGCUGUGAUCUCCUGGUGGUCUUCAGGUACUGGGGCAGCAGGGCUGCUGGGGGCAUUGUCCUACCUGGGCCUCACCCAGGCCGGCCUCUCACCGCAGCACACCCUACUGUCCAUGCUGGGUAUCCCCACCUUGCUGCUGGCCAGCUAUUUCUUCUUACUCACAUCUCCCGAGCCCCUGGACCCUAGAGGGGAGGAAGAGGCAGAGAGGGCAGCCCGGCAACCGCUGAUGGGCAGUGAGGCCCCAGAGCAGCAGUCAAAGCCAGACUCCAGCACAAACCUCUCUUUUCAGGAGAAGUGGACUGUGUUCAAGGGCUUGCUGUGGUACAUCAUCCCCUUGGUCCUGGUUUACUUUGCUGAGUAUUUCAUCAAUCAGGGACUUUUUGAGCUCCUCUUCUUCCGGAACACAUCCCUGAGUCACGCUCAGCAGUACCGCUGGUACCAGAUGCUGUACCAGGCUGGCGUCUUUGCCUCCCGCUCUUCUCUUCGCUGCUGUCACAUCCGUUUCACAUGGGUCCUGGCCCUGCUGCAGUUCUUCAACCUGGCCUUCCUGCUGGUGGACGUGUGGUUGAGCUUCCUGCCAAACAUCUACCUCGUCUUCGUGAUCGUCCUGUAUGAGGGGCUCCUGGGUGGUGCUGCCUAUGUGAACACCUUCCACAACAUUGCCCUGGAGACCAGCGACAAGCACCGGGAAUUUGCCAUGGCAGCCACCUGUAUCUCCGACACCCUGGGGAUCUCCCUGUCAGGGCUCCUGGCCCUGCCUCUACACGACUUCCUCUGCCACCUCUCCUGACACUGGGCUUCUUGGAACACAGGAUACACUGAUAGGUGGGCAGGCCAGACCCCAGGCCUACAGCCCAGAGUCCAUCCAUGAGCUCUGCCCCUGGACUUCGCUGCAUGACUGGGCUGUAGAGAAGCGCUGAGGUUCCAUUGUCCUUGGACAAGGGGCAGCAGCUUUCCUCACUCCACAUUCACUUGGGGUCCUUCUUGGCAUUAUACCUUCGGAAUAAAUGCUUCUAUUAUUGAUUGA